GCCAUGAAAUUACUAGGAAUGGAAUUAGGCCGGAUAAUGAAAAGGUCAUCAAAGUUCAAGAAUACCCAGCACCGAAGACUCUGCGCCAAUUGAAAGGAUUUUUGGAUCUAUCAUCCUACUAUAAGUGGAUUAUUAAGGAAAACUGGCCAGAAGAAGCUAGGGAGGUUUUUAAAGUUGAUGUUAUAUGUAUAGAAGAUAGUAAAGAUGAAUGGUACUCAGAAAAUGAAGAUUAUAAAGAGGACUAUGAGGAUAAAGGGGAUUACGAAUCUGAGGUAGAAGAGAUGGAUUAUGAAAGGACUGAUAGUAUAGAGGAACACGUGGGAGUAGAAUCAGGCCGUAGAUUGUUAUGGGAAGGCCAUAGUGAUAUUGCUCAACAGUGGUGGGAAUAUAAGAAUGGAAAAGGAGCUGAAAUGUCACUUUCCCAGGAUGAAGUAUACUUAGUGGACGAUUUAAGGGCUAUCCAGGAUGGAAUGGGAGCCCAAAAAAAUGUUCCUUGGCCCCUUACACCCGAAGAAGUUAUAGAAGCCUCGGAGGAAGAAAAUGACCCCAAGUAUGAGGAUGAUGAAGGAUUAUCUGAUGGUAAUUAUUCUUCUUCUUCACAAUGGGAAAUGUCAAAUGACGAUGAGUCCCAAAUAGAAGUUGUAAUAAACAGUAGAUCAACAAGUCUAACCACCCCAGAGGAAGAAAUCUUGACCGAAGAGUGGAAGCCAAAAGAUGACCAGGAAAAAAUCUUUGAGCCACAAGUCAUUGAUAUCGGCACAAAAGGAAUUAGGAAAACUCAGCGCUUCAAAAGUGAGUUCUUUUCCUAUGACUAUCCUACCCUUAAUGGCCAUAUAGUAGCCCGGGAGCUCACUUUAAGGGAGGCCGUAUAUUGGGUAGAUUUUUAUGGCUAUCCUUUAAUUGCCAAUAACCCAAAUAAAUUACUAAUCCUGCAAAACCGGAUGCAAGAUGAAGUACGACAAAGUGAAGCCCGGCAGUUAAUGGCUUUAUAA